AGUAUAUAUGCCAAUAACAAACUCUCUCUCUCCGUCUCAGAGUAUUUGCUCCUCAAAUAUACUAAAAUUUAGAUCGGCCCAACUAUUUUUAUUAGGCCUAAUUAUUUCAAAUUGGAUGACUUCUAUUUUUUACUCUCCAUAUGUUCGGAGUCUCGUCUAGUUUCCUCAAUAAUUAAAGUAUUGUUUCUACCGGUAACAAUUUUAUUCUUCUUCGACAUAGCCGACACCGUUUAACCCCGAUGGAGACGGCGCAGCGUCGCGCUACUUUGCGCGGUGACUUCACUGAGGAUCAGGCCGGUCUGGCUAACAUCCUAGCCGACGCUGGAGAGUCGGAACUUUACAAUCUCCUUCGGAAUUUUCCUUAUGGCAAAGUACCAGAAUUUUUCGAUCAGGUGAAACGCCGAUAUCUACCACUACGCCCACAUCAAAAGAAUUUAGUAGAAUACAUCAAAAACGGAAGUGGGGCAAGACUAAAAUUCAUAGAGAUUGUGCAAGAGCUUCUUAUUGAGAAUCCCUACAAUGGAUUCUCUCCUACGCCUGUUCGUCAUAUAGCCUUUAGGGAACCUGUUUGGAAUUAUCUAGAGAAGAUAUGGCCCAGCCUUAGUUACUCCAACAAGUGUGUUGUGUUUGAUCAUUCCUAUAGACUACUCAUUUCUUACACUGAGCUAAAAUCCAGAAAAGUUGAACAUCGCGACGAUCAGGGCCACUGCGAAAAUCUACUCGAGUUCCGUGGUUAUAUCGACUAUUUCCGUGGUAGAGACAUGCUUGGUAAAUACAGAGUGUUCAAGGCCUCUAUCGGGAUCAGGCUUCCCAUGUCUUAUCCUUACGUUCGACCUCACGUGUGGAUAGAUUGCCCCGAUUAUGCCAUGAUCACUCACCACUUAAAUGUAGCACCUAACGGUGUGGUUACUAUCCCUUAUCUCACGGAUUGGGUUGAAGAUACGUCUGAUCUCGUAACACUCGUCUCCCAUCUCCGCGUCGACUUUACCUCUCAAGGGCCUCACUACCCCAUUGAUCUUGGCAUAUGCUUAUCCGAUGAGCAGAAAAAGUUGGUGAAGAUCUUAGUCGACUACGGUCAGCUGUAUCUUUGCGAGGGCAUUCAGGCCUUGCCUGCUAAUGAGAAAAUAGCUUUCUUCAAUAAGGUUAUUGGCCGAUAUACUGGGGAUCAUAAGGAUUUGGCACACCACAUCAGGGCUACGAAAGAAGGUUUGAUAGAAUACAUCAAAAUUGUGGCAGAGCUCCUUGGCCUACCUCGGACAUUGAAAAUUAUUGCGAAUCUUGAAAGCGAUAUCGUUUUUCCCUAGAAUCCAGCUGUCGUUUGAUGUGAGAGAGUAGCCAUGUUAUGUAUCAAGAGACAAAGAAGUAUCUUGUCGAAACUAGUCUUUCUUUAGAAGGUGGCUACAUCUUAUUUGCUUAAUUAAUGUCUUACUGAGAUAAUGGUAGUUUUAAACCGGUCUAAUAGUUGAAGUUAUUGUUUGUCGGAUAAUGAGACUGUUUUUCCUCACAAUUUCUGCAACAUGCUCAUUGUGUUGAUACACAAUUUUACACCCUUUCCUCUCCGUUUUUAUAUGUCAAUAAUUGAGUUUCCUUUGUUA